UGGAGUUACGUUGUCUGGACCAUCAUCCUCCCUCUUCCUCUUCCUCUUCCUCUUCCUCCUCUCUCCCUCCCUCUUGCUCUCUCUGUUGAAUCCCUCCCUCCGCUCCACAACACAGGUUCUUCUUCGGGAAGAAAAAGGAGGGACCCCUGAUUGAUAUGUAGCAUUUCUGUUUUCCUGAUUUGGCUCUCGGAUUUCUAUUUAUACCUCCGCUCCCGCGAUCGGUGCUGGUUCUCCGGUCGCUUCCUGGGUCUUCGCAGCUGUCGGUCCUGGUGUGACGUUCGCCCUUGCGUGCAUGCAGUGAUCAUCCUGUCGAAAGUCGCUCCUCUGGGAGAUGAGAGCUCUCCCAGAAAUACUAUAUCAUAAUAUAUAAACCAGAGAAAUUUAAUCCGCGUCAGACGCUUGACAUCCAUAUCCCCGUCCCCGACCCGCCCGACGAUCGAACCUCCCCGAUGGCGACCUCCGCACUCCCCGCCGGCGGAUUAAUCGAUCCUACCAAACAGGCGGAGUACCCUAUCGUAUUGGGGGAUCGAUUAGCCGGAAAAUCCACCUCGUCGAAGUCACGGCUAUACAAUAUUCAAUACAACUACAAGACCAAGUCGGCGACCGCCCAGCAGCGGGCCGUGAUCACGAGGGACUCGCAGUCACGGGAUUCCUACGGCCUGAGGAUCACCGACAAAGCCCCGAAUGCGGAACAAAAUGUCUUGACCUAUUCAUACCGAGGGAGCAUCGACCCCGAGCAGGCACUUCGGGGGCGCGACGAGCAUAAUCUGGUCUUGGUGUUCGAUCCCAAUCGAAAGGUGUUCGUGUUGGAGCCGGUGACGACGCAGCUCAACUUCAAUCUGCGUUCGGCCCCGGCCAAAUCCGAGAAGCAGGUGCUGGAGCAAUACUCCCAGCUGAGAACGUUGCAGGGCGAGGAUCAUGGUGUGGGCGACGAUGAGCCCGCGGGGGAUGCCAGCGGAGACGAUGACGGGCCCGCCGACGACGACAACCCGUACGACUACCGCCAUUUUCUUCCCAAGGGCAACGGCGACGAUGACAAGUCUAUGUCGGACAACGCGACCCCCGAGCCUCCGUCCGGUGCGAGUAAGGCGAAUACCCCCUUGAAGCCGGCCAAUAAUCCCCUGCGGCUGCCGAGCAAGCCGCCCAAGGCGGGCAAUAAGGGUCAUACCGCUGCAUCGAAGGCGGCCUCUCCUCCCCGCGCGCGUGUCGAGAAGAUCGAACCUGAUCGGGCAGUGGAGAAGGUUAAACAUGCGCCCCCGCGGGAACCACCAAAGUCCACUCCCUCCGACACCGAAGCCGGGUUCGGGUCCGCGGACAAGGCGGCCCCGUCUCCGGGGUCCAACAUCAUCAUCGACGGCGAUCUGAUCAUCGACAUGGGCUCCCCGCCUCCGUCCCGACCGGUUUUCAACAUUAAUCCGGCCCAUUUUUCCACGCCCUGCCCCGCGGGCGGCGAGGAGCCCGUCUCGACGACGCCGGCUCCCGACGAGGACGUCGAGGACGACGAUGCCUUGGCCGCCGAGAUGGAAGCGGCCUUUGAAGAGAGCGCGCGGCAGGAAGAAGAGCGCAGUCAACAAUCCCAGCCGGAAGGUUCGCAUCAUUAUGUGGCUAGCGAGGAUGAGAGCGAAGUCAGCGAGGAGGAAUAACCGUAUUAAUAUUUUGCCUUUCCUUUUUUUUUUACCCCCUUUAUCUCUGAUUCCUUUUCUCACAUUCUAUUUCGUUCUUGCGUGAUUGCUAUGACAUGGGGAAUUUUGCCCCGAUGCAUGGCGCCAUCUGGAGUUUGGAGCGCGAAUCAUAUACCUACACGGACAUGCUGUCCGGGUUCUUUGAUAUACCACUUGUUGCGUGUACACAUCGUCUUGACUAGUUAGGACCAUCUUGUAGUGGUUAUUCAUAUUGAGACAUGUUAAUUAC